AUGGCUGAAGAACCGACCAAGACUCCGGUCUCGGAGGUCCGGGACCACGCUCCGGCGUCUGAGCCGGUAAAGCGUGUCUGGUACCACUCAACGCUGUUCAACGCCUUCGUUAUUGGUGGUGUCGGUUUCAUGGCCCCCGGCCUCUGGAACGCGAUGAAUGCUCUCGGCGCAGGCGGCGCUCAGGAACCAUUCCUCGUCAAUGCCGCCAACGCCCUGGUGUUCGGCCUCAUGGGCUUCCUCUGCCUCUUCGGUGGUCCCAUCGCCAACCGCAUCGGCCUUGCCCGCACUCUCCUUCUCGGCGCCGUGGGAUACCCUCUUUACUCCGCCGGUCUGUACUGCAACAACCGUUUCGGUAACGUCUGGUUCGUGCUUGUCGGUGCCGCGGCAUGCGGUGUCAGUGCCGGACUUUUUUGGGCCAGUGAAGGUGCAGUAGCCUUGGGCUACCCGGAACCGGCGAAGAGAGGCAAAUACAUGAAUAUCUGGCUUUGGUUUCGCACAGGGGGGCCUCUGGUAGGCGGUGCCAUCGUGUUGGCGCUCAAUAAUGACGCUGGUGCGAAGAAGAAGGGCAAGGUUGGAUACGAGACUUACCUCGUCUUCAUCGCGCUGCAGUGCCUGAGUGUACCCCUGGCCCUGGCCCUCUCGCCGCCUGAAAAGGUGCAGCGUACCGACGGGAGCAAGGUCAUCAUCAAGGCGGAAAAGUCCUUCUCGGCCGAGUUCAGGGAGCUGUUCCGCAUCUCGAAGAGGAAGGAUGUGCUGCUGCUGCUACCGAUAUUCUGGGCGGCGUACUUUAACCAGUACAGCGGCAACUUCCAGUCAUACUACUUUGGUGUCAGAGCAAGAGCGCUCAUCGGCUUUGUGAGCAACUUCGGCACGCUCUUGUCCAGCCAGCUUAUCAGCACUCUGCUAGACUACAAGGGCUUCAGCGUCAAGAAGAGGAUCAACAUUGGAUUCUACUACGUCGUCGUCUGGCACAUCAUCGCAUGGGUGUACGGAUGGGUUAUCCAGGAGAAGUACACUGCCAACCCGCCGGCAUACGACUGGGAGGACAAGGGGUUCACCGAGGGCUUCUUCGUUUUGCUGCUGUGGGACUUUGCGAGACAGGCGUUGCAGAACUGGCUAUACUACCUGCUGGCGACCAAGACGGACAACAUCUCUGAGCUUGCUAGAUUCUCUGGUGUACUGAGAGGACAGGAGAGUUUUGCGCAGGCUGUGGCGUUUGGGUUGAACACGAGGAAGUGGCAUGGAGGUCGGGUGCCGCUGGCCAUCAACACGAUCCUUCUGGGUCUUGCUGUGUAUCCUACGUGGCUCGUCGUCCGCGACCACGUGCCCAUCGAGACGGACAAGCUUGCCACCGUUGAGGAGGGUUCUCAGGGAGAGUUGGCCGAGACGAGGUUGUCUGCGGAUGAGAGGAAGGAGUUUGCUAUUGGACAGACUGGUCUUGGACGAGACGCCAAGAUCUGA